AUGGCGACUAGAAAAGUCCAGCAACAGACAAGGCAAUCAUCUUCCCCCUUCUGGAAAGCCAGAUCGGUGUCGCAGAACUACGAAAGGACUCCCAAUUCACCUGAUCAAAGUCUUAUCGUCGGCGCUUCCUACUCUCACGCCAACAUCCCGAAUGGAUUGUCCCAGCACACCCGGCCGCGAACGCCUCCUCGUUCGUCCCCCAAUAAUUCCUCACACGCAUCACCGUCUACUCGGCGGCCCGGGAUAUGGGUCGCGUCACCGCGCGCGUCGUACUCCGGAAUCAUGAAUCAAGAGCUCGGACCGUGGGAUCACGGUAAUCCUGCGGGGAAGAUAGGGGAUGAUGAUGAUGACGACGUGGGGGAGGAUAUCGUUUUUGAUGACGACGAGGAUGAGUUUGGACUUCCAAGCAUAGCAAGCAUGCGGAAGAGGCAGGGUCGCCAAGCUGAUGUUUCGCGAUUCAAACCUGUUGAGACACCAACAUUCAAGUCCGACAGCAGGCCAUCAACUCUCGACGUGAAUUUACCGAACAAUCGACAACGAGCCAACAGCUCUGAUAUUGCUGAGGAACGUGACAUCCCUUUAUACCCAACAGCUCGAAAAAGCGACGGCAAGAUUUUACGACCGCAGUAUAAAGACAUAUUGAAAGAUCCGGCAAACGCAUUGAACCUCAUCAACCAUGUUGCUCCUCCAAAAGGUGCCUCGUCGAAAGAUAUGGAUGCAUACACAAGCCGCAUAUCAAGGAUUAAUAAAUUUAAGCGCCUUUUACAAGCAAGCACUGUGCCUCUCCAAGAGUUACGAAAUCUCGCUUGGUCCGGCGUCCCGGACGAAGUACGAGCCAUGACUUGGCAACUACUCCUGGGUUACCUUCCCACAAACAGCGAGCGGCGAAUUGCGACUCUCGAGCGAAAACGAAAGGAAUAUUUGGACGGGGUCCGGCAAGCUUUCGAGCGCAGUAACGCAGCGACCACUAGGGAAAAUUCUCGGUCUACGGAUACCGGACGUGGUCGAGGUCUGGACGAAGCAAUAUGGCACCAAAUAAGCAUCGAUGUUCCGCGCACAAGCCCGCAUAUUCAGCUUUAUAGUUAUGAAGCUACACAACGGUCAUUAGAAAGGAUAUUAUAUGUUUGGGCUAUCCGACACCCGGCCAGCGGUUAUGUUCAAGGUAUAAACGACCUUGUCACACCACUUUUUCAAGUCUUUCUCGGUGUUUAUGUUACCGAUUUGAACGUUGAAGAAGGAAUGGACCCUGGCCAGCUUCCUCGAAGUGUUCUGGAUGCGGUAGAAGCCGAUUCAUUCUGGUGCCUGACGAAACUACUGGACGGAAUUCAAGACAACUAUAUCUAUGCUCAGCCGGGCAUUCACAGGCAAGUGAGAGCCUUGCGCGACUUGACGAUGCGUAUUGACGCAACCCUCGCAAAACACCUCGAGCAGGAGGGGGUGGAAUUCAUGCAAUUCAGUUUUCGAUGGAUGAACUGUCUGCUCAUGCGGGAAAUGAGCGUACGAAACACGAUAAGGAUGUGGGAUACAUACAUGGCCGAAGAACAGGGCUUCUCACGAUUUCAUCUGAAAUAA